UUUAAAUAUAAAUUCUGAAUGAAGCACAAUCAACAACUUCCUAAUGCUCACAUGCGUAAACACUGGACAAGAUUCGUGAAGACAUACUACAAUUAACCAGCUGCAAAAAGAAGAAGACAACAAAGAAGACAAGCAAAUGCAUUAAGUAAUGAUUUUGAUGUGAAUUUUAGGAGCUUCACCAAGACCUGUUGAAUUACUUAGACCAGUGGUGAGAGGACAAACAAUUAAAUAUAAUGGAGUGUAAAAAUUAGGAAGAGGAUUCUCAUUGAUUGAGCUCAAGGAAGCUGGACUCAAUGCUUAAUUUGCAAGAACAGUAGGAAUUGCUGUGGAUCAUAGACGCAGAAAUAACAGCUAAGAGGAAUUGGCUGCCAAUGUUAAAAGAGUCAAAGCAUACUUGUCUAAAUUAGUGCUCUUCCCAAGAGUAGCAGGCAAACCAAAGAACGGUGUUGUUAAAGAUUCAGCAAACGAUGUUGUUGCUUAACCUGUUACUUAAAAUACUAAUCCUGAAGUAUUAGUUUAUAUUUUAUGACUUCUAGGUUAUCACUUUCUAAAGAGCACCCAGAAGAGAGAAGGCUACAGUAAUUUCCAAGGAGCUCAGAGCCAAGAACGUAUAUCGUAGACUUAGACAAGAAUGGUACAAUGCAAAAUUCGUUGGAGUCAAGGAGAAGAGAAAGAAUGCUAAGGAAUAAAAGAAAUGAAUAGUAUAAUACGUACAUUUGGAUAUAUUAAAU